CUAUGCGCACGGCGGCGGCAGCAGGGAACAGACGGGGACAGUCCGGCAACGCCACAGGAAAUCAAUACAAGGAGGUCAUAGGCGUUUCGCACCGGACGAGAGAUGUAAACAUCGGUUUCAUCCCUCCAUUAUUUAUUCAUUUAAACAUAUCAUAUUGCUUCGCAUUUGCAGUUUUACCCCCCUUUUUUUAUCCGUUGCAUCCGACUCUGGCGCAUUCCGCGUGUGCAGCCGUGUAAUGCGCGCCCAGUUUAUGCCUUAUUAGCAUGUCAUAACCAGACUGUGAGGAAGGUGUAAAAACUACGAUGAAGUUGACGGCCGUUGUGCUGUAUGCUGCUUUCUCGAUCGCUGUCGCCACCAUCGCAGGUCCCGGGGAGUUUGUGUCCCUGGCUGAGAUGGAGGAUACUCUCCUGAGGAACCUGUUCCAGGGGUACCAGAAGUGGGUCCGGCCCAUCCAGCACGCCAACGACACCAUCACAGUCCGCUUCGGGCUCAAGAUCUCCCAGCUGGUGGAUGUGGACGAGAAGAACCAGCUAAUGACGACCAACGUCUGGCUGUGGCAGGAGUGGACUGAUUACAAGCUGCGCUGGAACCCAGAGGACUAUGGGGGAAUCACCUCCAUCCGCGUCCCGUCUGAGACCAUCUGGCUGCCCGAUAUCGUUUUAUACGAGAAUGCGGAUGGCCGCUUUGAGGGUUCCCUGAUGACCAAAGCCAUUGUCAAGUCCAACGGCACCAUCAUGUGGACGCCCCCGGCCAGCUACAAGUCGGCCUGCACCAUGGACGUCACCUUCUUCCCCUUCGACCGGCAGAACUGCUCCAUGAAGUUCGGCUCCUGGACCUACGACGGCAACAUGGUGGACCUGGUGCUGGUGGACGACCACGUGGACCGCAAGGACUUCUUUGACAACGGCGAGUGGGAGAUCCUAAACGCCACAGGCAUGAAGGGCAGCCGGCGGGACGGGCUCUACUCCUACCCCUUCGUCACCUACUCCUUCAUCCUGAAGCGCCUGCCGCUCUUCUACACCCUCUUCCUAAUCAUCCCCUGCCUGGGCCUCUCCUUCCUCACCGUGCUGGUCUUCUACCUGCCCUCCGACGAGGGCGAGAAGCUCUCCCUCUCCACCUCCGUCCUGGUGUCGCUCACCGUCUUCCUGCUGGUCAUCGAGGAGAUCAUCCCCUCCUCCUCCAAGGUCAUCCCGCUCAUCGGCGAGUACCUGCUCUUCAUCAUGAUCUUCGUCACCCUCUCCAUCAUCGUCACCGUCUUCGUCAUCAACGUGCACCACCGCUCGUCCGCCACCUACCACCCCAUGUCGCCGUGGGUGAAGAGCCUCUUCCUGCAGCGGCUGCCGCGGCUCCUGUGCAUGCGCGGCCACGCCGACCGCUACCGCUGCGCCGAGGUGGAGUCGCACAGCCCCGAGUUGAAGCCACGCGGCCGCUCGCAGCAGCAGCAGCAACAGCAGAGGGCGCCGGCGGGCAAGGAAGACGAGAACCUGGCCUGGCUGACCAUGCUGGAGAAGGCCACCAACUCGGUGCGCUACAUCUCUCGGCACAUCAAGAAGGAGCACUUCAUCCGGGAGGUGGUGCAGGACUGGAAGUUUGUGGCCCAGGUGCUGGACCGGAUCUUCUUGUGGGCCUUCCUCACCGCGUCUGUGCUGGGCACCAUCCUCAUCUUCACUCCCGCCCUCCAGAUGUAUCUGAGCACCCCUCCCUGAGCCGCCCCCUCCCCUCAUUCGCCCCAAACCCCCCCGACCACUCCGACCCCACCUUUGGGACACCGCACGUCAGCAGCACACUCAAAACCAGCGUAGACAUAGAGAAACAAGCCCUCCCCUCUUCCCCAUUCAUCCAAUCAAAGCACACCAAGGGUGAGGAGACCAGCGUGUUCAGCUGUUGCGGAUUCUAGCUGAGCCUCGCACCUUUCUUUAUGUUUGUUUUUGUAUGGAAUAAUCGCUAGUGGUUUUCGACCUGUAACAGAGGGUUGCAGUACCGGGCCGAUAGUCUUCAUCUGUUGGUUUUAUAAUUUCGUAAUUGUGAUAAGCAGGGUGAAAAUGACACUUUUGAAUCAGUCAGUUUUUAAUGAUAUGAAGCUUGCUCGCCCCAUGAGGAUAAAGCUGAUCUUGCAGACUGUUAAGGACUUUAUUCAUACAAUUAUUUUUCAUUUAGCAAUCAAUUUACACCUGAAGCACCUGGCGGGAUGACAUUAUGUCCAGUUAAUGACUGUGAUUAAUUAAUUAAGAGCUGUAGGAAAACCAGCACCGCCUGCACUUGCCAGCUGUGUUAAACCAGCAGGUC